AUGGUGGAAACGCUGAGUAUUGCGGUGAUCGGUGCGGCCGGUGUGGGUAAAACCUCCAUCAUCCGACGCUUUGUUUACGACGAUUAUUCGGAGUCGUACAGUCCUACUCGUGCCCGACGCGUGUACCGACCCUCGGUGGUUCUGAACGGACUCAUGUACGAGCUGAAGAUUUUGGAUGUCCCGCCAAUCGCCGCGUUUCCAUCCAGUCCUGCGCAGGAGUGGCUGGAUGCUCGCUGCAGGGGGGUGCGUAACGCCAGUGCCUACAUCUUGGUGUAUGAUAUCUGCUGUGUGGAGAGCUUUGAAUAUGUCAAGAUGAUUCGACAACAGAUUGUAGAUAACAGAGAGGCCAGCAGCAGUGAUGUCCCGAUCUUGGUGGUGGGUAAUAAGAGGGACCUGCAGAGGCACCGGUUCACUCAGCGGCGCGCCAUCUCCGUGCUGGUCAAGAAGACGUGGAAGUGCGGCUACGUGGAGUGUUCGGCUAAGUUUAACUGGCACGUACUCCUUCUGUUCAAAGAGCUGCUGGGCAUCGCCGUGGCACGCGGGAUGCGCCACAACCAUACUUCUAUUCGCCUGCAGGGGGCACUGCAAAGGAACCGCUGCUCCGUCAUGUGA